UGCAGGGUGGACAAAAAUUUAGAUGGCAGAAUCACUGAAAAGGAAGUGAAAGAGAUUAUUCUUCUUAGUGCAUCUGCAAAUAAGCUGUCAAAAAUCCAAGAAAGUGCAGAGGAAUAUGCAGCUUUAAUCAUGGAAGAGCUUGACCCAGACAAUCUUGGAUAUGUUGAGUUGUACAACUUGGAAAUGCUGCUACUGCAAGCCCCAAAUCAAUCAACUAACCUGAUAACCGAUAGUCGGAUGUUGAGCCAGAUGCUAAGUGAAAGAUUGGUGCCAACCAAAGACAGAAAUGUGAUCAAGAAAUGGUACAGGGGGCUAGCCUACUUUGUUGAGGACAAUUGGAAGAGGAUUUGGGUCAUGGCACUAUGGCUUUCUAUCUGUGCAGGCCUUUUCACCUGGAAAUUCAUUCAGUAUAAAAAUCGUGCCGUGUUCGAUGUAAUGGGGUACUGUGUUACCACAGCUAAGGGUGCAGCUGAGACACUCAAAUUCAACAUGGCACUAAUUCUUCUCCCAGUUUGUAGAAAUACCAUUACUUUGCUUAGAAGUAAAACCAAGCUUGGAGCUGUUGUUCCCUUUGAUGACAACAUCAAUUUUCACAAGGUGGUUGCUUUUGGGAUUGCUAUUGGAGUUGGACUACAUGGAAUUGCACAUCUUACAUGUGAUUUUCCAAGGCUGCUACAUACAACCGAUGAUGAGUAUGAGCCAAUGGAGCAAUUCUUUGGCGAAGAUCGCCCGGAAAACUACUGGUGGUUUGUGAAAGGGACUGAGGGUUGGACUGGUGUGGUGAUGGUGGUGCUCAUGGCCAUUGCCUACAUAUUAGCACAACCAUGGUUUCGCCGCAACAGGCUAAAGCGCCCAAAAUUCCUGAAGAAACUCACCGGUUUCAACGCCUUCUGGUACUCACACCACCUGUUUGUUAUUGUGUAUGUUUUGUUCGUCAUUCACGGAUACUAUCUCUUCCUCUCCAAGAAAUGGUACAAGAAAACGACCUGGAUGUAUCUGGCCGUCCCGGUUCUAUUAUACGCAUGUGAACGCUUGACUCGCGCAUUCAGGUCGGGCUAUAAAUCUGUGAAGAUUCUUAAGGUUGCAGUGUACCCUGGAAAUGUUCUGGCCCUGCACAUGUCAAAGCCUCAAGGAUUCAAAUACACUAGUGGGCAAUAUAUAUUUGUAAAUUGUGCAGAUGUGUCCCCAUUUCAAUGGCACCCCUUCUCCAUUACUUCAGCUCCUGGGGAUGAUUAUCUGAGCAUCCAUAUUAGGACUUUGGGUGACUGGACAUCACAACUCAAAACCCUCUUCUCUAAGGUAUGUCAGCCUCCAUCAAUGAAUCAAAGUGGCCUUCUAAGAGCAGACGUCGGGGACAGCGAAAACAAGCCCAGGUUGCCAAAACUCUUGAUUGAUGGCGCAUAUGGAGCUCCUGCACAAGACUACAAGGAAUAUGAUGUGCUCCUCUUGGUUGGCCUUGGCAUAGGAGCCACCCCAUUGAUCAGCAUUGUAAAAGAUGUUCUUAACAACAUUAGGCAACAGAAAGAAUUGGAAGAAGGAAUAGUAGAGGGUGGACAAGCCAAAAACAAUAAGAAAAAGCCUUUCGCAACCAAACGUGCUUAUUUCUAUUGGGUCACUCGCGAGCAAGGCUCGUUUGAGUGGUUUAGGGGUGUCAUGAACGAGGUUGCAGAUUACGAUCUAGACGGAAUCAUCGAGCUUCAUAACUAUUGCACUAGUGUCUACGAAGAAGGAGAUGCAAGAUCAGCUCUAAUCACCAUGCUUCAAUCUCUCAACCAUGCUAAAAAUGGUCUUGACAUCGUGUCAGGUACCCAAGUUAAAACACAUUUCGCUAGACCUAACUGGCGUACCGUUUUCAAGCACGUUGCCAUGAAGCACACCGACGAAAGAGUUGGGGUGUUUUACUGUGGAGCUCCAGGACUGACUGGAGAAUUAAGGCGGCUAGCUCAAGACUUUUCUAGGAAAACUACAACCAAAUUUGAUUUUCAUAAAGAGAACUUUUGAAUUUGUCUUUAGUGCUUUCACUCUGUCUUUAUCUUUUAUUUCAAAUUUAAUUCUUUUUGUAAAUGUAAUAUAAGUUUAAUUUAUGUGAUGUUUCUUCUACAGCAUACAUAAAUGUAAUCUUUAUAAUAGUUUUUGUGGACUCUUCUUUCAGUUAAAAAU